AUGUUUUGCCAGCAAGCAUGUUUCAAUGACCCUUGCACAUGUGGUAUUACGUCGAUGCGUCUGUCGCAGUGACACGAAAACCAAACGAAAUUUAAGAUUUAACCUAAUUUCUCGUGUGUAUUAGACAUGAAGAAGCGGGUAAACCCGGAGUCAAACGAGAUGACUUCAACAAAAUUGACCAAUGAUGUAGAGGACAAGGAGGAAAACGAGCCCCCUCUUAAAGUGAAAAAGAGCAACUCUGAAGAAGUGGCAUAUCGCCCUGUGAAGUUGUCCAGAAGUGACCUUUACAGACCCCCAACAGUGGAGGAGCUCAACCAGCUGAAAGAGGCAGAGAGUUUAUUUCACUGCAGCUUGCUCAAAAUGCAGAUGGAGGAGCUGUUGAAAGAAGUUACCCUCAGUGAACGCAGGAAACGGCAAAUCGAUGCAUUUAUUGCAACGGUCACCAAACUCUUAAGGGCCGUACCAAGUUCACCUGAGGUGGAGAUUAACGACCUGUCGUGGUUAUCCAAUGAUGUAAAGGUUCCUAUCCUCCUGUUACCCAAAACACAAAAGGGGAAGUUCCACAUGGCAUCUCCUGCUUCUGUUGAUCUGAUUGGAAGCUACCCGUUAGGCACCUGCACCAAACCACGCGUCGUAGUGGACCUGGCUGUCACUAUCCCGGCUGAUAUCCUCCACCCCAAAGACUUCUUAAACCAGAGGUAUCCCAGGAAAAGAGCCAUCUACCUGGCAGGUCUGGCUCAAUACCUGACAGCCUCCUCAGACAUAGGAUCCAUGUCCUACUCUUGCCUUCAUGGGAAUCGACUUCGACCCGUUCUGCUGCUGAGUCCUCCAGGUAAAGACUCAUCCAUCUUGACAGUCCGCCUUCAUGCUUGUCCGCCUCCUGGAUUUUUCAAGCCCAGACGCUUCCACCCUCAGAUGAAUAACAUCAGGACAGGCUGGUACACUGGAGAGAACAAUUCACAAUCAGAGAUCACUGAGCCUCCCACUCCGCAUUACAAUAGCUCCCUUCUGGGUGAUCUGCUGCCCAGGGCUCACCUCCAGUUUCUGUCUGCUGUGAGCGCUCAGUGCUCCGCUUUUCCCGACGGGGUGGCUUUGCUCAAGGUCUGGCUCCGUCAGCGAGAUCUUGACCAGGGCACAGGGUGUUUCAAUGGAUUUCUGGCCUCCAUGCUCUUGGCUUACCUCCUGACCGCACGCAGGAUCAGCAACACCAUGACUGCCUAUCAGCUGCUGCGAAACACUUUGAACUUUCUGGCAACGACAGACCUGACAAUGAAUGGAAUCAGCCUAGCCAAAGAUCCCGACUCGACGGCUCCGUCACUGGCAGACUUUCACGAUGCAUUCCAGGUUGUGUUCAUUGAUCCGUCUGGACACCUCAACAUGUGUGCGGACAUGACGGCCUGCACCUACCAGCAGCUACAGCAUGAGGCCUCGGUGUCCAUGCAGUUCUGGGACGACCCCAUGGUGGAUGGUUUCCACAGCCUUCUCAUGACUCCCAAACCUAUGAUAAGGACCAGUGACCACAUAUUCCAAUUGUGUGAACUUGUCAAGCUGCAGUCCAGCUGUAAGAAGCUGAACUUGCUCAGUGAGCUGAUGGACCGUAGUGGAAAUUAUGUGCACACGGUGCUCCCGUUUAUACUCUCGCUGCUUCAGAGGGGUCUCGGACAAAGGAUCAUCCUCCUCACCCACUCACUUUCCCCUGAGCCUGAGUGGUCGCUGGAGAGCGAACCCCCCAAGUACAAAACCCAGCCGCCACUCACCUUUGGUUUGUUGUUACGACCUGAGCUGGCAAUGUCUGUUUUAGAACGAGGACCUCCAGCAGACAGCCCAAAGGCUGCUGAGUUCCGACAGCUUUGGGGCGCUCGCUCGGAGCUCCGUCGUUUUCAGGACGGCGGCAUCGCUGAGGCCGUCCUGUGGGAAGGAGAAAGCAUCUGCCAGAAACGGCUGGUGCCGCAGCAGAUCAUUACACACCUACUCCAGCUCCAUGCAGACAUCCCCGAGUCGUGUGUGCGACAUGUUGGGGCAAUUGUUGAUGAUGUCAUCAAAAUGGGAAGUAAGGAGUCAAGUACUGGAGAGGAGGAAAGUUUGCAUGUGGUUCAGUCUUAUGAUGACCUGAGCAGAAAACUUUGGAAACUGGAGGGUCUUCCUCUGUCCAUUACAUCAGUGCAAGGAGCACAUCCGUCACUCAGAUACACGCAGGUUUUCCCCCCUCGGUCGCUGAAGUUCGACUACUCCUUCUUUGGCAAACAAAAGUCUUUCCAACUGCUGGUACCAAAGGAGGGUAAACCGUGCCCAGCUUAUGUUAACCCUAUCACAGUGAUCUGUCACAUGGAGGGCAGCGGAAAGUGGCCUCACGAUCGCCUGGCCAUCCGCCACAUCAGAGCUGCCUUCCACAUCCGGCUGGGGGAGUUACUCAAGAUGCAACAUAAUUACACGUGCAGACCCUGUGCCACACACUUGGAUGUCUUGAAGGACGGCUUUGUGUUCCGCAUCCAGGUGGCGUACCAUCGAGAGCCCCAGGUACUGAGGGAGCGAGUGACUCCCGAGGGACUCUUGAUCGUCAGGGACAAUGAGGAGGCUCAGAUCUUGGAGAUGAACACCAUACACAAACCUCUACUUACCAGCACACUGCACGGGCUCCAGCAGCAACACCCAUGUUUCGGGGCAGCGUGUCGCCUGGCCAAACGUUGGCUUGGCGCCCAACUCUUCAGUGACGAUAUCACAGAGGAUACAGCGGACCUUCUGGUGGCGUACCUCUUCCUGCAGCCUGCACCGUUCACCCCUCCUGGUUCUCCUCAGGUGGGCUUCCUCCGCUUCCUUCAUCUGCUCUCGUCCUUUGACUGGAGGAACAACCCGCUGAUCGUCAACCUCAACAUGCAGUUUACAGCGGCCGACUACACGGAGAUCAAGAAUGACUUCAUGGCCUCCAGGGACUUCCUACCAGUCAUGUUUAUAGCAACGCCUAAAGACAAAAGUGUUUCGAUGUGGACCAAGCGAGCCCCCACUGUCCAGAUGCUGCAGCGGGUGGUGAUGGUGGCUGCAGAGAGUCUCAAAGUUCUGGAACAUCAGCUGAUAGAUGGCAGUCAGAUUCAAGAUGUCAGGGUGGUCCUGCGUCCUCCUCUGGAGGCGUACGACGUACUGAUCCACCUGAACCCCAGGCAGGUUCCACUGCUCAACCAGGCAGUGGACCGUCCGGCCGUCAACUUCAGCAGGGGCGUGGUCCGCGGCAACGUGGUCGGCUCGGGGACGAAGAUGCCCGUCACCGACUACAACCCUGUGGCCCUCUACCUGGCAGAGCUUCGGGACGCAUUCGGAGACGUGGCCCUUUUCUUCUGUGACCCCUACGGAGGAUCUGUGAUCGCCGUUUUAUGGAAGCCAAAGGCCUUCGCCCCGCUUCCCUUCAAGACGUCCCAGAUGUCUGCCAGGAUCGCGGAGGUAACGGGCAAAGAAGCAAAGUCGGUUCCCAAUGUGGAAGCUAUACUGGAGGACUUCAGAAUCAUUGGAAAGGAUUUGGUUAAAUCCGUGGAGGCCAGGACUGAAAGAUGGUCAUUUUAGUUUUUUUGUCACAAUUUUACAUUUUAUAUUUUUGCAAACCCCAAAUAACAGGUUUACAAUCACGGUGAAGCACGUGUAAUAAAUAAUAUAGACUUGA